AUGAACAUUAGUCAUAUUCCAAUGUUUAUUGGGUCUUUCAAAGAGCUUGCAGAUCUUUUUAUUUGCGGGAAUCCCAUCACUGGAAUCAUUCCUCCACAGCUUGGAAAUCUCACCAAAUUGGAAACUCUUUUUCUUCAAAGCACUUCUCAAAUGAUUAUUGAAAACCCUGGAUGGCUCUCCCAACUUACUUCUCUGAAGCAACUCGUCUUAACUAAUUGCCAACUUCUUAAGGUACCUGAUCAUAUUUCAGCAUCAUCUCUUUCCCAUUCAAACUAUUCCUUCACUUCUCUUCAAGAAAUUGAAAUCGUUGACGGUUUUAUACAUCCUGCAACCAUUAAUUGGUUACUAAAUUAUAGUGUUAAACUAAAUGGUUUGGAAUUAUCUAAUAACAACCUUAGAGGAACAUUACAUGAUCUUCUUGGAAAUAUAUCAAGUUCUAUCAAGAAUUCCUUAGAGUCUUUGCUAUUGAGUUUUAACCAACUUGGUGGAUUGAUUCUUGAUGACUUUAAAAACACCAUUCCAUCUUUGACUAAUCUUCGUCUUGACAAUAAUCAGUUGGAAGGUCAUUUUCCUAACCGUUUGAAAAGAUUUCCCAAUCUUAAAAGUCUAGUUAUAAGUCAUAACCAAUUCUUUGGAUUAUUACCUGACCUUUCAUCAAUGCCAAAUUUGGAACGUUUCGAAGCAUCUAACAAUAAGUUUAGUGGUGUUUCAAGUGAGAGUAUUGCAAAGCUUGAUUAUUUAUAUUUGUUAAUUGUCUUCAUAAAUUCUCUCACUGGGUAUGUGUCUCAUGUAAAUCUACAAUGCCCGAGCUUAAGUACUUAG